UAAUUACAAAGAACCGCGGCUAUUAGCCCGGACUCGCAAAAGGCUAGAAGAAGAAUAGGGUUUCGUAUCUGGAGUAGAAUCAGAGGCGGUGUCAGAGGCGGUGUCGAAUCCAGGGAGCGUUCGGCGUGCGAGAUGGAGACGAUGACGGUGUCUGAGGCAUCGAUAUGGAAGAGAAAGUGCAUAGGGUGUCUGGGUGUGGGAAGAAAGCCCCUAUUCCGAGAGCGAAGAGGGGGAGUUUGGCGGCGGCCGAAGAGAUGGUGCGCCGGGGGAUGAGGAAGGCAAGGUCUUUAGAGAAUCUGCAGACGCUGACGAAGGCUUUUGAUAAUCUGGAGAUGAGUAAGUAAUCUUCUAAGAGUCCGGAUCGGAUGUUUACGGAUGAGGAUGUGAAAGCUUGGAGUAAGUAUUUGAGGAUGAUAAGGGUUCAGAAAAAGGAGGCGUCGGAGCCUUCUGUUGGUCAAGAGGAGGCAUUGGCGCAGGAGGGACUCGCCGAGAAGACUCGCAUGUUUGACACCACUGUUAUGAUGAAGGAAAACGACUCUACGGCCUUGUUGGCAAAAUCUGAUAAGAGCAACGCAUCGAGGAGGGUGGAAGAGGAUGGUCGAGGCACCAUCUUGGGAGUGCUGAUUGUGGAUCUUCUUGGCAUGGGUGGGGAAAGCAAGGCAGAGGCCGCACAGCGGCAGAUAGAGGCAGUGCUUGCUGACGAGGCAGCGAUGGACCGGUUGAGGGCCGAACUGAGGCAUGAGGAUGAGAUUCAGAGGAAGCAGGCGGAGCCAGAAGAGGAGGAUUUAUUAGAGAUGAAAAGAUCAGACUAUUUUGCGUGGAUGGCUAGGGAGUAUCGCAGGCGGUGGAUCGCUGUAUAUUCCGCUAACUUCGGCUCAUUUGAUGACACCACAAGGCUCGGCCCCAUGCGUUUCACAGAUGAGCCUGCACCGGGUUACAGUGCCUCCCCCAUGGGCACCCUACAGGUCUUUUCGGUCAAGGUUGCAGGAAUUAAGAAGAGCCUAAAGUGGCCAAUUGAUGUGUUCGGUGUCAUUGCCGCGCGCGAUUGCAUUGACAACAAUCGCAAUGUUAUCUUCAGCCGUGCAAGGGACAGAUGCCAAACCCUCACCGCAGAGGAUCGAUAUUUAGUACUGUCUGGUCCAACCCGUGCUGUUGUGUGGUCAGAUCAUGUCUCCAUUGAGGUUAAGCUGACAGUGAAGGGAAGAACUGAAUCCGAGGAUAAAGAUUUGAGCUUUCUAGCUGUGCCAUUACUUACCGGUGAUACAGGCUAUUCUAACCUGUUCUGUUGUUACAGAACUAGCAAGCUUAGCACAUUGGAAUUUACACUUGGCCAUAUUGUUAGGUCUGUGGAGGCCACAAUAUUUGUGCGAGUCAUUGAUGGUUCAUGGCUAGACAGUUUCCAUGGCCAAUUUUCUGUCUUCACAACUGGCCGUCGUGACAAAAAUUUCAGAAGUACUGAUCACAAGAAAAUCAUCUUACUUGAUUCUGUUGUUGAGAAAUUUUAUGUCAGUGAUGAUGGAGAGAUUGAGAUGUCCCGCCGUGUUGUUUCUGUUGAAAAUAGGGGAAAUCUAAAAGUUUGCAUCAAGUCAUGGGAGGCAUCUGAAUGUGGAAAAAAGGUUAUGAAAGAUGAAUUGGUUUUCAAACCUAAGGAAAACAAGAGAAGCCAUGGUGUGCUUGAUGUUGGUUUUUGUAAGAUGGAAGUUACUGUCGCUUGGUCACUCAUUUCCUAUCAUCCUAUUCCUUUGAAUCUUUAUUAGAAAUAGGAAUGCUACUAUAGCUUUGUGGUUGUUAGUUCUGAAGUGGCAUGCUAUUAAGAUUGUGUUGUGACUGCACGGUACUUUUUUGUGCACCGGACUGUGAGAUUGAUGGCACUAUCUCCUGGUUGCUCAUAUACGCUUAUAGUGUGUCAUCUGUAACUUUUGUUGCUUAAAGUUUUGGAUUUCAUAUUGUAACAAUUGCUUCUGCAGUAGUAUUUUGUAAGGUAUAUGAUGACGAUAUGUUGAUAUUGGUAUGUGUUUGCUGAUCAAUCUUUGUUUCUAGUCUUUUAUA